CAGUCUGUCCUUCCAGCUGCUGUGUGUUGUCUGUCUGUCCGUCCCGGAGCCCCCAGUCUGGGAUCCUCCGACUGCAGUAAGGAUGCGGGCAGCGAGGCUCCGGCUGGCCGCGGCGCUGGCUCUGUUCGCCGCAGCGGCGUGCGGGUCGCGGGCGGAGGUGAUUGAUGACAUCCUGAGCAGCCUCUCCCACGGAGUGUCCUUCUUGGAGCGGCAACACGAGCACAUCAACCUGGACGGGGCGGUGGGCUUCGUCAUGCUGCAGGCUGAGCUGAAGGAAGCGAUUCGGACGUGGCCUCACACCGACCCGGUCAGCUGGGCUCAGAGAACCUCCACAGUCGCUCUGGUCAAACGUCUUGACCAAAGUCUGGACAAGGCUGUCUCUGCCCUGAAGCAGAACGACCCAAAAUACUACAGAGAGUUUGAGCCUCUGCUGACCUGGACGUUCUGGCUGAUUCCUCAGGGCUGGUGCUCCACAGAUCCCAGCCUGGUUUAUCCCUCCACCAUGACCAGCGAGUGUUACGAUGAGCAGCUCAGCGACAAGUGUCUGACGCUGCUGCUGGGAACCUGGAAGAUGAACGGGACGCCAUGCAUCGUCACAAAACCCUGUCGGGACACCAUGACUCGUUUCGGUUGUCCACACUACUCCCUGUCCCACCAGCUGCUCUACUUCAUGAUCGGAAGAAUGAGAGGCUGCAACAACCUGCUGAAAGGCGACACACGAGCAUCCAGGGCAAACAUGACUGAAGAGAACUACCAGAAGAUCUUCUGUUCCAACAUGAUGAAGACCAACCAGGACAUUGUUAGAGAUGGUUUAACCGAACAAACAGUCGACAUCUUCAUUGAAAACAUCCUCAUUUGCGGAUUGGCCGGUUUCUCCGACUUCCACAAAGCUGACUGGCUUCAGCACAUCCUCAGGCUGCAGGAUGAGGAGGUCGGCUGCUUUGGGAGGGACAAGAGCAUCAUUUCUCAGAUCAUUGGAGACGAGCUGCUAGAACAGCUGCAGCCUCACAGGAGAGUGAAGAGGAGGGAGAAGAUACUUCCAGACGGCUGUUCCAGUCACAUGACAGCAGUGGCAGUCGGCGCUCUGGGAGGAUACCUGAACUAUUACCUGACAGAGCAGGACAUAACGAAGAGGCCACUGUCCUGAAGUACCCAAAUGUAAAAAGAGAUGUUCCUCGCUCACGGAGACUGACUCUCAACGUGUUACAUGAACAAACAUGUAGGAGCAAACUGAGCUUAUAACAUUAAUAACAUUCUCCAUGAGGUCUCAUUUUAACCCUUAAAACUCCAAGUAAUCUUUCACUAUUUUUAGCCUGCCUGUUUUUCAUUUGAUUUAUA